AUGUCUCAAACACAGCUUGAGGUGGUGAAGUCCAUGUAUGAUGAGCGCAGCGCACAGUACGACGAGAGCGACGUGCACGUGAGACAGGCGCAGGACUACAUCGCCUGGGCCAACUUGAAGGCCGGGGAGAAGCUCCUCGACCUGGCCUGCGGGACUGGCCUUGUCGCCAUAGGCGCAAAGCACGUGGUCGGAAAAUCAGGGCGUGUCGUCGGCAUCGACAUCAGCGAGGGCAUGCUGAAUGUCGCGAGACGAAAAGCGGAAGCCGCAGGGCUGGAAAUUGCGUUUCUCAACCACGACGUCUCGGAUCUCAGCGGUCUUGACAUUGUGCCAAAAGACCACUCGGAUAGGUUGUUGUUCGAUGUGAUAACCUGCGCUUCGGCGCUGAUAUUGCUCCCGGACCCUCUCCAAGCCGUCAAAAAUUGGAAGUCGGUGCUGAGACCAGGUGGCCGCUUGAUCACGGACGUCCAGACUAAAGACGCAAACGUCGUCAUGAACAUCUUUUCAGCAAUCGCGUCUGCGGUCGGCGAGACGGUGCCCUGGCACUUGCAUUUGUGGCAGUCGCAGCAAGCUCUGGCAACUUUGAUGCUUGACGCAGGAUUCCACGUGGAGAGGAUCUUCGAGACCGAAGCUUAUGCGAGGACGCACUAUCAUCUCGGUACGGCAUCGGAACUAUUCGAGAAAGCUGUCAACAAUGCUAUGUUCAAGGGCUUUGGCCGCGCCGAGGUUCGUGAGAAAGCAAAGGAAUUGUUUAUCCAGAAGUUUGCAGAGAUCGCUGGGCUCAAAGGUACAAUUGAUGAGGAGACAACAUAUUGGGUCAUCGUAGUCACCAGACCAGGAUGA